UUUUUUUUUCCGCCGCACCUUGUUUCUCCGCCGCCCAAUCCUCCUUGUAUCUCCGUCGCCCACUCCUUCUUGUUUCUCCGCUGUUCAAAUCUUUCAUUCGCCGUCCGGUAACAACCGCAAAACCUUCAACAACAUAUCAAGAUAUUUGGGAUCAGAGUGCUCUACUUUUUAUACAAGAACUCAAGAUGGCAGGUGAAGAUAAAAUUAAGGAAAAAGCUUCAAAGACUCGUAAAUCAAAACAUAUCAAAAUUUCAACUCCACACAUGGCAUCCCAUGAUGCACCUCCACAUAUGACAUCUCAUGAUGCACCUCCUCACAUGACAUCCCAUGAUGGACCUCCUCGUACGACAUCCGAUGAUGCACCUCCACAUAUGACAUCUCUUGGUGCCCUUCCUCAUGUUACACAUCCUUCUAAGACAUUGCAUUUUGCAUCUCCUCAUAGUAUAUCUCAUGUUGCACCCUCUUCAAGCACAUCUCAUGUUAGACCUGUUUGUAGGACAUCUCUUACUAGGAAAUCUAAUGGCCUUCCUCAUAUACCGACAUCUGCUACUAUGACAUCUAAUGUCCCACAUCCUUAUGUUGCACCUCCUAUAAGGGAAUCUGCUACUAGGACAUCUAAUGUCCCUCCUUCUCAUGUUUCAUCUGCUGUUAGGACAUCUAAUGUCCCACUUUCUCAUGAUGUGUAUACUACUAGGACAUCCAAUGUCCCACUCUCUCGUGUUACAUCUGCUGUUAUGACAUCUAAUGUCCCAGUUUCUCAUGCUACAUCUGCUACUAGGACAUCUAAUGUCCCACUUCCUCAUGUUGCAUCUGCUACUAGGACAUCUAAUGUCCCACAUUCUCAUGUUGCAUCUGCUACUCGGAUAUCUAAUGUCUCAAUUCCUCAUGCUGCAUCUGCUACUAGGACAUCUAAUAUCACACCUCCAUCUUCAAUGCGAGGGGUAGCAUCACCAUCUAUUUCACAACCUUAUGAUUCUGAUGGAGCACAAACCCCAAGAUCAAGCGAAACUGUUGUUCCAUCUGAGACACAAAGUAGUGGCGGAAAGCAAACUUUGUACCUUGACUUGCAAGGAUUUUUGCCUUCGUGUGCGGCCGCUAGUGGGAUCGGAGAUAUCAUUAGGAGUAAUUAUAGUAUGCCAUGGAACUCAUGGAAAAAGAUACACAUUGAUACAAGGGACUUGUGGUUUGGAGAGUUUAAGAAAAAGUAUAAUUUUGUUCCACCGGAUGAUGCAUGGGCUAGAAAGAACUUUGAAAAACGAGGUGCAGCAAUAAUGAAAAAUAACCUAAACAAGGUUCGUGUCACAAGGAAAAGACCAACAUGGAUUAAUCAGAAUUUGUGGAAUACAUUAUGUGAGCAUUGGGGAACUUCAGGAUAUAAAAAGAAGAGUAUACAAGCGAAAACAAACCGAGCAUCUGACUGUGAAGGUUUUGGAAUGCCCCUACACACUUGUGGCUCUAUCUCCACAUCCCAACAUAGAGCUAAUUUGACGGAAAUGAAUGGCAUUCCCCCCACUCCUUCAUAUUUGUUUGUUCACACACACCAACAUCGCAAGAAUAAGACUUGGGUUGAUCGAAGAUCGGAACAUGUUUAUGAAAAUUAUAAACGUAGAUGGGAAGAAUUAACCCAACAAGAAUCUUCGCAAGGAACUCCGCCACCAAAGGAAAUUGAUGUGUGGACCGAGGUUGCAGGAAUAAGGAAAGGACAUGUUUAUGGUCUUGGGAGUGAAUCUUCUUUAUUUGCAAGCAGGAGAAAUUACCGUGGUUCAAGUUCCUCGUCAACUGAAUGGGUGCAAAGACAUGAAUUUGAAGAACUGAAAAUUGAAAGGGAAGAAAUGAAAAUUGAAAGGGAAGAAAUGAGGAAGGAAAGAGAUGAACUUCGUGAUGCGCUAAAACAAUUGAUGGAAAGCUUAAACUUUCAGCCCAAGCCAUAUAUUAGAGAACAAGUUCAUGAAGAUGAAGUGGCUGAAGAUAAUGAUGAUGUGGUUGAUGAUAAUGUUGAUAUGUCUGAUGAUAAUGUUGGUGUGUCUAAUGAUGAUUGAUGGUGAAGAAAUAGGAGACAAAUGACAAGUGAAAUAAUAUGGUUUACUUUUGUAUGUUUGUAGUUGUUUUUUGAGUUAGGAUAUUGACUUUUUGUAUGCAAGAAUUGAAAGGGAUUUAUUCCCCCUUUGGUAUGUGUCUGAUGAUGUCAAAGACCAAUUUAUCAGUAACUUAGCAUGGUUAUGUUUUGGAUUGAUUUUGUAUUUUUUUAUAAGUAUUUGGUAAUACUUAAAUAUAUUAUAUAUUAUGUCCAUAUUAUUGUGUGCUUGUUAAAUUAUUUGGUGUAUAUGAAAU